AUGGACGCCUCACCCCUCACCCAGCAGAGUAGACCUGAGUCCUUCACACCAAAGAUUGUCCAGCUCUAUGAGAAUCUCUUCAAAGCAGCGGAUGAUGCAGACCCCUCAGAGGGCUUCUGGAGAGAACUCUUCUUGCUACCUCCAGACCGGAAUCAAUUGCAUGCUAUCCUGGACCAUUUGAGCCCAGACGAUACAAUCGGUCUACAGAUUCAAACUCGGCGUUUCUUUGUCCGUGCCAUUCGCGAAGCGGCAGCUGGAGUCGCCCCGUCAGAUUCGUAUGCACUAGAUACAUUGACUGUUUUCUUGACGAGUAUUCUGAGCAAGAAAUACACAAAUCCAAGUUCGGAUGUCAUCACCGUUCUUGCAGGACUCGACGAAGUGGACCAUAUCAUUGCUGACUUCGUGGCCGUCUUGGACAGAAUAAUUCGCAAUGGCAGUAGUUUCGAUGUGCGGCUCAAAGCUAUCAACACGGCCAUUGCCAUGACUAGCGGGGCAUACAAAACUAGCCUGGUCUCUUAUCUUACACACAGGGAUCUUUUCCCAUCGCUUAUGAAGUAUGUUUCUGAUUCUGAUACCCCACUACAAGUGUUCGACCCAUUCCUCCUUCUGGGGCUAUUGGCCAACUACAACAAGUUUGAAUUCCAAAAUCCUUAUCAGCUUCGCCUUGAUGAUUUCGUGAAUGAGUCAAAUAUUAAAAAGGUUGCUAAGGGUGUCGGUCUGGCCUGUAAUCGCCUGCGAAACGGCUACAUUGCUGUCCAGGAUGAUAUCCCAGAAGGCUGGAGCUUGACCAACACAUUGAUUUUCUUUGGACUACGAGUGCUCGCUCCUGGCGCCAGAGACAAAGUGAACCCUCCUUCGGCAGAAGAGGCGAAGGCCCUGUUCGCUGAUCUCCCAGCACAAGAAGCCGCAAUUCUAAUGGCCACGUACGACUUCACAAAUGCCAAUAAGCUCUUUGGUUAUCAUUUGGUUCAUCUGGAACCGGGAAGCAAUAAUGAAGAAUCGCCUUUCUCGAGCUUCCUCUCAUUGUCCUCCUAUCUUCUCCAACAUGCAUAUCGAUCCCCGCGGGUCGGGCACUAUGCCGAACUAAACCUGUUUACACUUCGCAUUCUGGUUGAAGACCCGACCAUCUGCAAGCACAUUUGCAGCGAAGAUGUCAAGCGAAAGGUUCGCAUCUGUCGACAGAAACAGCCCUAUCUCCCCCUAGUCAGCGGAGACCGGGUCCUCGCAACCGUCAUCUUUGACAUCGCCAUCGACACUAUUACGCAUAACCUUCGCCGGCGCCUCGACGUCAACAUAUACAGCCACACAAUCGCAAUCACCCUCCGCCUACUAACAUACCUCUCAAAGAACAAGAUCCGCCUCACCUACCACUGGUCCGAGCUCUGGCGGACUCUUCUCUCCCUCAUGCGCUUCCUAACAACCUACGCCUCCGAUCUAACCAGCAACCCCAAGAUCCAAACCCUCACAACCUCCCUCGCAGACCUAAUCGCAUUCUGCGUCUCAGGCGGCGACACCUUCCUCCCAGACCCAGCCUCAUACGACGACCUCUUCUACAAGCUCGUCGAAACAGGCCCCAUCAUCUCCAAAUUCCGUGAUGCAUACGCAUUGUCACGCUCCAAUGCUGCAGCAACAGGCGUAUCAGCCUCCAAAUCAGCCGAUGCAAUAUCCCAGAACGAGCUGCAUUCAGCCGCUAUAGACACCCUUCAGUCCGUGUCUACUCAUUUCUAUACGCUCCUCUUCCAGUCGGAUGGUACGGAUGCUGCCGCUGCUGCGGUUACGACAGCCAGUCCUAAAGCUGGUGAGCCUGCGCCGGUGGUGUUACCGUCAAUCAAGAAGAAGAAUCUCUCCCCGCGCGAGGUCCAUUUUAUCAUUAAGCAGGGCUAUGAUACGCUGAGUAUCCAGCCGCCUGAGGGUCUGAGUGCUUGGACCAAGUGGCGUGAGGCGGAAUGGAAGAGUGAGUUGAAGCGUGCGGCGCGAUGUGCUGUUGAUGAUGCUAGGCAACUGGUUGCUUAG